AUGGAGGGGUCUGGCAGUCCUCGUUUCAGAAAGCUCCAUUUCCCAGUGGGUCUUUGGAUCAACUCGCCCAGGAAACACUUUGCCAAGCUAGGUGGUCGCUGGCCCAGCGCUAUCUCUGUCAAGUCGACCACCAGCUCUGACGCAGCCUCCCUCCACGAGGCCCCCUCUGCCCCUUCCUCUUCCCUUUCUAACUCCACCCCAUCGCUGGCUUCCCCUACCCCAUCCCCAUCUCCUUCCCCGGCCUUCCUCAGGCCGCGGCCUGCUGGGCCCCAGUCCCGCACAAAGCGCCUUUCCCAUCUCUUCCUACGAGGGCGCUCGAACAGUGACCGGGACCGGGCGGUGGGGGAGAGGGAGAGAGAGGUUUGGGCUCAUUCAGCUGCCCCUUCCUCACACCACUACUUGCCCCCUGCCUCUUCCACUGCCCCGGGCCUGAUCAAGAUCUAUGGGGAUGCCCUCUCCAGUGGGGCCAACUAUCGCUCCCUGCUGGCAAACAUUCACUCUACAGCGAGGCAGCUCAUCGCCCAGGUCAUCACUCGGUACACUGAGAGAGAGAGGGAGGAGACAGAUGACGCAGUUCUCCAGAAAUACAGCCCAGAGGACUUCCUGUUGUGUGAUGUAAUUGGAAAGCCCAUCCAGCAGCCAGAUGGAGCUAUCAAAUGGGAGACAGAGUGCCGGAGAAGCGUUGCCCCAUGGGAAUGUCCCUUGUUGUUAGUGGACAUGUGGCGGCCUAAAGACGGAUUUGAGCGGCGCUUUGAAAUCCAAAGAAAAGAAGACUAUGAGAGAGAAGAAAGGGAAAGGGAGAAGGAGCGUGAAAGGGAGGGAGAGAACUCUCAAGGUGUGCGCUGGCGUCGGAGCAGGAUAUCAUCAGGGGGAGGACCAGAGGAGAGCGAGCGGGGUCACCGUGGAAGGAACACGGAGCUCAGGAGGAGCAUCAGUGACAUGAACCUGAGUCUGCGGCGUCGCCAGGGCAACCACGCCAGCAAAGACCCCCGUGGCUCUGGCAACCGGCCUAACAACAACGGAGGAGUGCAGGACAGGAAGAAUAUUGUGAGCAUGAUCAACCCACAACCAGGAGAGAUUAGAGCUUCAAAAGCAGAAGCAAAGGUUGGGUGGAUGAACCAGCCAGCGGAGGAUGAGAAGGAUUACUCAAGCUGCGACCUGGAAGUGAUGUCACAAAGUUUGAUCCUUCCACCCACAGACCGGCCCUUCUUCCUGUUGCUGCAGGGUUAUGAUCAGAGCAAGGAUUUUGUUUUGUACAUCAUGGUUGGACAUACGCAUGUGUUUGGAAGAAAGCCUACAAUGAGGGAGAGGGAGAAGGAUAGAGAGAGGGAGAGGAAAGGGAAGAGGCCUCUGAAGGUGGACACGUUCCUCUCUGCUCCUGACCUCUUGGCCAGACACUUAUUGGUCAGGAGAGACUCCGCUGUUCCCGAGACGCCCACAGGACAAGCUUUGAUGCGGCCCUUCAGAGGAAGUGAAGUUACACACAAUGGAGUGGCCAUUUACAGGGAGACAGUCCUAAAGCCUGGGGAUGUGAUCGGUCUGGGGAACCACUUCCUUUUCCUGUACCGUGACCCCCGUGUGUCUCCAGCUCCACCGCUGGCAUUGACCCUGCCAUGGCAGGCUGAUGUCUCCACCACCUGCUGCCCCUCGGGGUUGGUGGACAGACAGGAAGCACUGAGGCAGUACCUGGGAUCUACGGAGGCAAUUCUGAAGUUUCACCCCCGUCACGCAGAUUCCCUGUUACAGGAGAUUAUCUCCAAAAAUUCCUCUCCAGACUCUGGGGGCGGUCCUUUAGCUCCUGCGUAUCUCCUGUCAAUCAUGAUAGAUCAUGCCUCCAAACACCUGGACCCCGCUCUCACGCCACAGAUAUUACUCAAGUCAGCCAAUCUAAUUAAAGAAAUUGUCUGGGAUAACAUUAAGGAAUUUGGGGAUAAGCAUCCCACGCAAAAUUCCACAGAGCAAGAAGGUGAGAUAAGCACGCCGAAUGUCCUGAAACUGUCUUCUGACCUUCGACCCCUGAUGUUCUGGAUGUCAAAUGCCACAGAGCUUCUUAACUUCUUUCAGGUCAAAGUUGAAGCAAUGGAGAAAGAGUGGGAGUUUGAAGCCCCGGGGGACCCACUUCUGACAGCUGACAUGGACACCUGCUCAGAAGCUCUGGCACAGCUGGAUGAUGUCAUUAUGCACACCUUCCAACAGUGUGUGUAUCACCUCACCAAGACCCUGUACUCGCUCCUUCCAGCUCUCCUGGACACCAACCCAUUCUCCAGCGAGGAGAAAGAGAAGGACAAGGAUGGAGCUCGGGGUGCAGAGGGAGAAGAGAAAAGAGAAGGGGAAGAAGAGGUGGACGAUGUGUCCGCCUUACCGCCUAGAGUUGCCGGGCUGGUGGAAGUGUAUCGCUGUUCCCUGAUGCUGUCGCGGGAGGCGUGUCUGUCCCCGCCGCUCACCUCCCAAACCUUUGGCUACCUCUUCUUCUUCACCAACACCUCCUUGCUCAAUACAUUGCUGGAGAGAGACGGGCUCUUUUCGUGGUCCAGAGCGGUCCAGAUCCGUACAAACUUGGACCUGGUUCUGGACUGGCUGCAGGGGGCAGGAUUAGGAGACAUAGCCUCAGAAUUUAUGAAGAAACUGUCAAUCACCGUCAACUUCCUGUGUAUUCCCAAGACUCGACUUAUCCAGUCAUCCUGGACGAGUCUACAGGAGGAUCAUAUCUUGUUAAGCCCUUCCCAGUUGCACCACCUGCUCACCCAUUACAAGCUGGGUCCAACCAGAGCCCCACCAGCAUCCUGGGGCCCUCCACCAGGCACAGAGCUGAGUGGAGACAUUUUUGAGAGCUUCCUGGACCAUCCUCCUCUAAUCCUCCCAAAUGAGACUCCACGCCUUGACCUCUCCCAGCCAAUCCCAAGCCCUGAGCUGCAAAAGGAAGUGACACGUCUCCGCACCUUCUUGUGGGGACUCGACCAGGAUGAGCUCCCUGCCAAUCAGAGGACUCGGCUUUGAGGAAGCCCAUAUUUGUCUCUCUGUCGAUGUCUCCUAGAAGGAAAAAAAAGGAUAUCACCAGUAACAGAAAACCAACCUGCACACCACAAAAGAAAAAAAUCAAACUGGACAUGUUUUCUGCGUUUCUGUUGCCUGGUUGUUGUAUUUUCAUGACAUUUCCAUAUCAAUUCAUUUAUUCAUUUAGAUAUUUUCAAGUAAGAGAAAUGUAUUGGCUUUGGUAUGUCUUUAUAGGUUUUAUUUUAAAGCAGGGAGUAAAACACCAUGUCCUUUGGGCCACGCAGUGUUAUGCUUUACGUGACUGUUUUACUUGGCUUUCAUGUAUGUUUUUAAACUACUUGUUUUUAAUAAAAUGUUGAAUUCUAGUAAAA